CUGCUUCAUCACCAUCCACACACGAUCGAUCAAUCGAGGAGAGAGGGAGAGAGAGAGAAACCGGUGGAUUCCCAUCAACCCCACCAUGACGGCUCCGUCGCCGUCUCCCCCACCAAACCUCCUCCUCUCUCCUCCCCACUUCCUCCCCGACAAAGCCUCCUUCCUCCUCAAAACAUGCUCAAACUUCCCCCAACUCAAACAAAUCCACGCCAAAAUCAUCCGCCACCACCUCUCCAACGACCAGCUCCUCGCUCGCCACCUCAUCUCCCUCUCUUCCUCCUUCGGACAAACCAACUACGCCUCCCUCGUCUUCCGCCACCUCCCCUCCCCUUCCACUUUCACCUGGAACCUCACGAUAAGAUCCCUCUCCCUCAACAACAAGCCCCGCGAAGCUCUCCUCCUCUUCCUCCUCAUGCUCACGAUCCACCCCCACCUCGAUAAAUUCACGCUCCCGUUCGUAAUCAAAGCUUGCCUCGCUGAAUCCUCGCUCCGGUUUGGUACGCAAGUACACGGUUUAGCUGUCAAAACCGGUUUGGUCUCUGACGUGUUCUUGCAAAACACUCUAAUGGAUCUUUACUUCAAGUCUCGGAGACCUGAUUGUGGUCGCAAGGUGUUCGAUGAAAUGCCUGGGAGAAACAUCGUUUCGUGGACGACCAUGCUUUACGGUCUUGUCUCUAAUGAAAGAUUAGAUGAUGCGGAGGUUGUGUUCAGACGAAUGCCGACGAGGAACGUCGUCUCGUGGACCGCGAUGAUCGCCGCUUACGUCAAGAACCGGAGACCCGACGAGGCGUUCCAGCUUUUCAGGAGGAUGCAGGUUGAUGACGUGGAGCCUAAUGAGUUCACGUUGGUUAGUAUGCUGCAAGCUUCGACUCAGCUUGGGAGCUUGUCUAUGGGGAGAUGGGUUCAUGACUAUGCUUAUAAAAACGGGUUCUCGCAGCUUGAUUGUUUCCUUGGGACUGCUUUGAUUGAUAUGUAUAGUAAAUGUGGGAGCUUGGAGGAUGCGAGGAGAGUGUUUGAUGUGAUGGAGAGUAGGAGGAGUUUAGCGACUUGGAACUCGAUGAUUACGAGCUUGGGGGUUCAUGGUUUGGGGGAACAGGCUUUGUCUCUGUUUGAGGAGAUGGAAGAUGAAGAAGGUGUUGAACCAGAUGCUAUCACUUUUGUUGGUGUGUUGUCUGCUUGUGCGAAUACUGGGAAUGUGAAAGAUGGUUUGAGGUACUUUAUACGAAUGAUCUAUGUUUACGGUAUCACACCUAUUCAAGAACAUAGUUCCUGUAUGAUCCAACUGUUGGAGCAAGCCCUGGAAGUGAACAAAGUUGAUUUUAUGGAUUCUGAUCCAAACAUCAACACUUCAUUUGAAGUAGAAAGCACAGAGGGAGUGAACGAAAGGCUUGAUAGUUGGAGCCAACAUCACAUUACGUUCUCCAAGUGGGAUGCAGACUGAUUUUGAAGGUUUUUUUUUGUUUUGUGCAACACUGAUUUUGAAGGUUAAGUGUCUCUUGUCAUAUAAUUUUUUUCCUAUUUUAAACAGAUUCAUAUGCUGUCUUUGUAACUAUACAAAUAUAGUUCAUGUCUUAGCUCUCAUGUUUACUUGAAAAUGUUCCAUAAUUGUAGAACGUAGAAAAAUGAAGUUGUAUUUGGAGUUUUAUGGUCUUAAAUAUAGACAGUUAUAUAUUAUGAGUUUGGUUGUGUA